CGAAUUGGAGCGUUUAAAAGAUAAAGAGAGGAAUGCAUGCCUUCAUAAACCGUGUAUCAUAUUGUUGUGCAAGAGACAGAGGGAGUGAGAUGGAAGGCAUAGAACACAGAACAGUUGAAGUGAACGGCAUAAAAAUGCAUGUUGCAGAGAAAGGAGAGGGUCCAGUGGUGUUGUUCCUCCAUGGCUUCCCUGAGCUCUGGUACUCAUGGCGCCACCAGAUUCUCUCUCUCAGCUCCCUCGGCUACCGCGCCGUCGCUCCCGAUCUCCGUGGCUACGGUGACACCGAGGCACCACCUUCAAUCAGCAGCUACAACUGCUUUCACAUAGUGGGUGAUCUCGUUGCGCUUAUUGACUCUCUGGGUGUCCAACAAGUUUUCCUUGUGGCUCAUGACUGGGGAGCCAUCAUAGGUUGGUAUCUCUGCAUGUUUCGCCCUGACAAAGUUAAGGCCUAUGUCUGCCUCAGUGUUCCUUUUCUCCGCAGAGACCCAAACAUCAGAACGGUAGAUGGCAUGCGUGCUUUGUAUGGAGACGACUACUAUGUCUGCAGAUUUCAGAAACCAGGCGAAAUGGAAGCUCAGAUGGCUGAAGUUGGCACUGGGUAUGUUCUCAAAAACAUCCUUACAAGUCGCAAAACUGGUCCUCCAUUCCUUCCGCAUGGAGAGUUUGGAACUGGAUUCAAUCCAGAUAUGUCUGAUUCCUUACCCUCUUGGCUCACAGAAGAUGAUCUUGCUUAUUAUGUCUCCAAAUUCGAGAAAACUGGCUUCACUGGAGGCUUGAACUACUACAGAAAUUUCAACUUAGAUUGGGAGCUGACAGCUCCAUGGACAGGAGUGCAAAUCAAGGUGCCCGUAAAAUUCAUUACAGGUGAGUUGGACUCGGUAUAUACCUCGCUAAACUUGAAGGAGUAUAUCCACGGUGGAGGGUUCAAGCAAGAUGUGCCAAACUUAGAACAAGUGAUUGUGCAGAAAGGAGUGGCUCACUUCAAUAAUCAAGAAGCCGCCGAGGAAAUCAAUACUCACAUUUACGAUUUUAUCAAGAAGUUUUAAUCUCAUCCAAAAACGAAUUCAUCCUGAAUAUAGUUGCAGGAUCAUAUAUAUAUACAGUUUAAAUCGUUAAAGUUGUAUGUAAUAAUAAUAAUAUAUGGCAUAGCCUCUAAAUUAAUUUUCAAUCUUAUCAUGCAAAUGGUGUCGAUCUUAUGAUGUCAUGAAACAAAUUAAUUAUUU